AUUUAUUUUUUAUAAUUAUUGUGUGGGAUUACAAUCAUUGAMAUAUCUAUUACAAAUUUGCUAAGAAUGUCAACACUGCAGGUUCUCAAGAAGUUACAAGAAGUUACAAAUACUGCAAAACACUAAUAAAUAUAGUGUGCUUUAAAUUAUUCCCUUUAAUUUUUAAUSAAUACAUGUUCCAGAUUGGUGGUAUUUUACAGUCCAUUGAUAAGAGGCUGGUGGACCAAAUUGACAAUCUUGUUGGGGAAGGAGUAAAGACUGUAGGUGAAAUGAAAAGGCAUCUAAAACAGUUUGUCAAAACAGAAAUGUUCCCUGGACAGCCCAUACCACCACUGACAAAUAGGAGGUUUCAUCCAACUGAUGUUGACAUAAGGAACCACAUUUAUAAGACAACAGUGAAACAAAUGAUGUCCAAACUUGAUCAAGAGAACCUGGAAAAGAAAAUAGAAAAGUGGCRUGAGGAGUGCAAUGGUGACUUAUUCUAUUUCAGGCCUUGUGCACUGUCAUCUAAUGCCAAAAAUCAGGAGGAUAAUCUGGAUGAAGAUGUGGAAGAAGACCUUCUGUUUGCCUAUCAAACAGAAUGGCAGAAACGUCUCAUGGUUCAGUAUGGGAACGAAAUAACAUUGCUUGAUGCAACAUAU